AUCCGUGUGUUGUGAUUUGUGGAAUUCAGUGUGUCUCGUGCGGUUCGUGAGGAAACACAGUACAAGAAACAUCAGUGACUGUCAAUCUUUUUCAUGUUUUAGACCACAAUGGAUUAUUACCACUGUCUAUCGUCUAAAUAAAACUAUAAAAAAACGAUGGUAGAAGCGUUACAGUAAUAAUCCAUUCCCAUAUUUCAACAUGGCGUCAGCAGAUAAAUCGAACCCACAAGAAACCGUCGUCGACGGAGAUCACGAAGAAAAGGACCAAAAUCAGACAGCUGAACAAACUGAACCUGAACCUGAACGUACGGAAGACGAAAAACGUGUAAGAACUCUUACUAACAAAGGUAAAGAACUUUACGAAAAUGAAGUACAGAAAUAUUCUGCAAAAAUUGACAAAAUAUGGAAUGAUAUAGAAAAUAUUCCAAGUGAAAUUGAAAACAUUGGUAACGAUAUCAAAGCACUACGUGCUCUGGCUUCCAAUCUUGAUGACAUGGGAAAAAGAUAUGAAAAAAAAAAUAAAAUGUUUUUCGAAUACCUUACUCGAACCAAUACAUCUGAAAGCCAAAAGGAGUUGGACUCCCAGAAGGCUACCUUUGACAAAGGAAAAGAUAUUAUUCAGAAUUUAAGAAAAAGAAUCCGGGAUUCUCGCAUGGAAAUCACUGAAAGUGUCUCAAAGAGUUCACAAGGAACUAUGUCAUCUAGUGUUAGUUCAAUGUUAUUCAAGAAGCGCAUGGAAGCAGAAUCACAACGUGCAAAUGUUCAGUUCCGUGAAAAAGAACUAUCUCUUUUAAAACAGAAAGCAUCCCUCAGAGAAAUGGAAGCUAAACGUCAAGCUGAAAAUGAAAGGAAAAAAGCAGAACUAGAGGCCACUCAUCAAUUUUUAGAAGAGGAGCGUAAAGCUGCUGUGGCGGAAGCAGAAGUACGAGCAUUACAGAAUUUUGAUACAGAUAGUAAACAGAGGUCCAUCAUACCAAAACACAUUGAUACCCCAGUUAACCGUAAUCAGUACACUGCUCGUUAUAUCAAUGAUCACAGUGAUGACAAAUUUGACAUUGAUCCCUUUUCAACCUGUGAUUCAGAAAGUGUUUUUUCACAAACUAACCAUGAAAAGUCAAACAACAAAGAGACUCCGACUAUUCAAAAAUCUAUAUUGAGAGAAUUAUCAAGUCAAAAUGUAAAAACUCCUGAAAGUCCAACUGUUGUGAGUGAUCUUACAAGAUUUUUACUCAAGAAAGAUUUGUUGUUCUCAAGAUUCUCACAUUUCAACGAUAAACCAGAAACAUUCACUACAUGGAAAACUAGCUUCAAGAGCAUUACUGAAGAAUUACAAGUUACCCCAUUUGAAGAGAUGGAUUUAUUGGUGAAAUUCCUGGGUCCUGAAUCCUCCAAAUUUGCAGCUAGUAUCAGAACAGCAAAUACAACAUAUCCAAAGAGAGGACUUGAAAGAAUUUGGUCAAGACUUCAAGAACGUUAUGGAAGCCCGGAGUUAGUUGAAUCUGCAUUGAAAACAAAACUCAGAGAUUUUCCCAGAAUUACCAAUCGAGACAGUAAACGACUAUACGAGUUAGUGGACAUUUUAGCAGAAAUUGAGGCUAUCAAAGAAGAUCCAAACUAUUCCGCAUUGUUGUCAUACUUUGAUUCAUCGUCCGGAAUCAACCCAAUUGUAAAUAAACUACCGUUCAACAUUCAAGAAAAGUGGACAAUGCGUGCCUCAAACUAUAAAACCAAAAAGAGUGUUCCAUACCCACCAUUUUCAUAUUUUGUUGAAUUUUUACAAGAAAUGAGCAAGAUCCGUAAUGAUCCGGGAUUUCAGUACGAAGCAUCCUCGAGUGCUCCUACACCAAACCAGUACAGGAAAACAAAAAAUACUACAGUUCUAUCAUGCAAAACUGAAGUGGAACCCAACAGAAAUUUAGACUACAGAGGGCAAAAGUGGUGUCCUAUUCAUAAUGCUAACCAUAGUCUUAAGGACUGUAAAACAUUUCGCUAUAAACCAUUAUCAGAAAGAAAAACAAUCCUUAAAAAUUCGGGUUUGUGUUUCCGAUGCUUGGACUGGAAUCACCUAGCUCGAGAUUGCAGAACAGUCGUGAAAUGUGAGUACUGUGAUAGUGAAAAUCAUCACACUGCACUUCAUGAUGACCGAUUCAGUCGUCAAGACCAAUAUAAGGAGACAACUUACCAAACGAAAGUUGAUGUGCAGAAAAAGUGUACUGUGGUAUGUGGAAUGAACUUUGAAGGCAAAUCAUGCUCGAAAACUAUUCUUGUUAAUGUUUAUCCAACAGAUAAUCCAUCCGACAAAAAAUCUAUGUACGCGAUCAUAGAUGAUCAGAGCAGUAGAACUCUUGCACGCUCAGAUUUCUUCAAUAUGUUUGAUAUACCUACCGACUCUGUGACUUACACAUUGUCAUCGUGUAGUGGUUCUGUGACACUUAGUGGGAGAUGUGCAUCAAACUUUACCGUGGAACCAAUUUCAGAAGGAAGUCCGGUCUAUUUACAUUCAGUGAUAGAAUGUGAUGACAUUCCCAACUGCAGAGAAGAAAUUCCCACACCAAACAUAGCACGUGCUCAUUCUCAUCUAGCAGAUUUAGCUACCGACUUACCAGAAUUAAACGAAAAUGCAGAAAUUCUCUUACUAAUUGGAAGAGAUCAUCCAGAUGCUCAUCACGUGUUGACGCAGAAAACUGGACCUUCUGGAAGAAGUUCAACCUUUCUACCAUGUCCAGCCUACAUGAAAGUGUCAGAAGUUAGAAAUAAUUUGUAUGAUACAUCAAACGAGGAAAUCAUAACUUCUGAUAUCUUUGUGAGAACACCCGAUGAUGAUCAACCUGGCCUAUCAGUGAAUGACAGAGAAUUCAUGAAGAUCAUGGAUAGUGAAUGUUACAGAGAUGAAAAUGGGUCCUGGACCGCACCUCUUCCAUUUAAAACAGAUCGAAAAAGACUUCCCAACAACCGUGAACUAGUUAUGAAGAGAACUUUAUCAUUCUUAGCAUCUUGUAAGAAGAACCCUUUGAAAAUGGAACAUUCAAUUUCUUUUAUGGAGAAAGUAUUUUCCAAAGGACAUGCAGAAAUAGCACCAGUACUUAAAAACGAAGAAGAGUGUUGGUAUCUUCCUAUAUUUGGAGUUUACAACCCCAAAAAACCAAACCAAAUACGCAUGGUUUUUGAUUCGUCCGCAACAUUCCAAGGACAAUCCCUUAACUCCAUUUUGUUAAGCGGUCCAGAUUUAACUAACAGUCUUCAUGGAGUACUGUUAAGAUUCAGAAAGGAGAAAAUAGGAGUGACAGGUGACAUUGAACAAAUGUUCCAUUCAUUCAAAAUUCGAGAAGAUCACAGGAACUUUGUUCGCUUUAUUUGGUUUCAAGACAAUGAUCCCACACUACCACUAACGGAAUACCGGAUGUGUGUUCAUCUCUUUGGUAAUUCACCAUCUCCGGCAGUAGCAACCUAUUGUUUAAGACGAUGUGUUCAAGAGAGAAGAGACUGUGACCCAAGAGUAUGUGAAUUUGUAAACCGAAAUUUCUAUGUCGAUGAUGGUCUCGUAUCUUAUGCAGAAGAAGACGAAGCAUUGGAAAUCUUACAGAGUACGCAAACUAUACUUAAAGAGGAAGGGAACUUGAACUUUCAUAAAUUUGCGUCGAACAGUCCACAAGUCAUGGAUAAACUUCCUCCAAAAGAUAGGGCGAAAGACUUAGGGGAUGUGAAUUUAGACUUUCAUCAAAUACCUUUACAGCGAAGUCUGGGACUCGCGUGGAAUUUAAAGUCAGAUACGUUUACAUUUCAAUUCGUACCAAAAGUCAAGGACUUUUCACCUACAAAGAGAGAUAUUCUUUCAUGUUUGAACAGCCUAUAUGAUCCACUUGGAUUUAUAGCACCUGUGAUUUUGCAAGGCAGAUUCAUAUUUCGGGAAGUGAUCAACUUACCUAUUGGUUGGGAUGACAUUGUUCCAUUGAAAAUUGCAAACAGAUGGAGAACUUGGUGUAAUUCCCUGUAUCAUUUGUCAAACAUACAAAUUUCGAGAAACAUUGUUCCAACUACAUUUAAAGAUAGUGUUCGUACAGAGAUGCACGUAUUCUCAGACGCAUCAGAGAAAGCAGUUUGUGCAGUAGCUUACCUGCGUGUGAUCUCCAACAAAGGACAAACUUACCAUGGACUAUUAACAGGAAAGUCGAAAUUAUCACCUCAACACAGUAACACUAUUCCCAGACUAGAGUUAUGUGCAGCAGUUUUAUCAACAGAAAUUGCAUCAUUUGUGUUAAAAAAUAUUGACACAACCAUUCAUGAAGUGAAAUUUUUUACAGAUAGUCGCAUAGUCCUUGGAUACAUCCAUAAUCAAACGAGGCGUUUCCAUACUUACGUCGCCAAUCGUGUCCAGCGUAUCCGUCAACAUUCAGAUCCAGAACAAUGGAAUUAUAUUUCUACCGAAGACAAUCCUGCAGAUGUCGGAAGCAGAGGAGUCCUAGCAAACGAAUUAACACAAAGCCUGUGGUUUCAAGGACCUAGUUAUUUACAAAUUGACAAAACAGAAAAAGAAGACUAUUCUCUUGUCAACCCAGAUAAUGACAGUGAAAUCAAAAAUGUGAAUGUCAUCUCGCAAAAAAUGUGUAUAAAAACUUUUGAAGUGUACAAGAAAAUAGAGAAAUUUUCCUCCUGGACGUCUAUGGUUAGAGCUUUUACUGUUCUUAGAAGAGCUGUUAGGAAGAAGCUUAACCUACCUCCCUUGGACACUGUGCACAUGAACCGUGCUACCGAACUAUUCCUAGUGAAAUCAUGUCAGAAUACUACAUUUGCUGCUGAAAUCUCAAAUCUUGCUGGUAACAAACCUGUACCCAAAGAUAGCUGUUUACGAUAUCUGGAUCCUUACCUUCAUGAUGGAAUCAUACGACUAGGAGGAAGAGUUCGUACUGGAGAUGCUCUAUCCAAUGAACAUGGUCCAAUCAUCAUCCAUGGGAAAACCCACCUAGCUCGCCUUCUUGUUCAACGAUGUCAUGAAACUAUUAAACACCAGGGGAGACAUUUGACGGAAGGAAUUGUUCGUUCAUCUGGAUAUUGGGUAAUUGGAGGGAAAAGAUUGAUUUCAUCAAUCAUACAUUCGUGUGUAAUCUGCAGAAAACUCAGACGUGAAUUAGAACAUCAGAAGAUGGGAAAUCUUCCGGAAUGUCGUACAAGACCAUCCCCUCCAUUUACCUAUGUAGGCGUUGACGCCUUUGGACCAUGGGAGAUUACUACGCGUAAGACAAGGGGCGGAUCAGUGAACAGUAAACGUUGGGGAAUCUUAUUCACAUGUCUGACAUGUCGUGCCGUGCAUAUUGAACUAGUAGAAGAUAUGUCAUCACCUACUUUUAUCAAUGCUUUGAGAAGAUUUGUAGCCAUCCGGGGAAAAGUAGCAGAAUUCCGUUCUGAUAGAGGGACAAAUUUUGUUGGUAGCACAGAUGCUCUAGGGAUCGCUGCAGUCAACGUAGAAAGUUUAUCGAUGAAAAAUUUUCUUACCAACAAUGGAUGUACUUGGAUCUUCAACCCUCCCCAUUCUUCCCAUAUGGGAGGAGUGUGGGAGAGGAUGAUUGGAAUGACCCGACGCAUAUUGGACUCUAUGUUCCUUAAGGAAUCAAAGAAAAAUCUUACCCAUGACGUAUUGAACACCCUCAUGGCGGAAGUUGCAGCAAUCAUAAACAGCCGACCUAUAGUGCCUGUAUCAACAGACCCAUCUCAACCCUCUGUGUUAUCUCCAUACACUCUAUUAACACAGAAGACCGAAUUGGACGUUGGACCUUUUGAACAUUUCGAUAUUAAGGACAUGUAUAAAUCUCAUUGGAAAUAUGUCCAGAUCUUGGCUAACCAAUUCUGGAAAAAGUGGCAUUCCCAAUAUCUACAGUUGUUGCAAUCUAGACGGAAAUGGAUAGACCCUCGAAACAACCUUGCUGAAGGCGACGUCAUACUAUUGAAAGACCAAGACUCUCCCAGAAAUGAAUGGCCGAUGGGUAUCGUACAGCGUGUGUUCCCGAGUGAAGACGGACGAGUGCGUAAAAUCGAAAUACGUGUCGUAAAAAAUGGCCGUGUCGUUACAUAUGUGAGACCAGUUACAGAGACUGUUCUGCUGUUUGUACCGUAA